AUGGCGAAGAAAGAAGAGAGUGUGAAGCUUCUAGUGCCCAAAAAGUCGCCUUUGCUUCUUGAGCUUAACCCGGUUCACAAGAAAGUUCCGGUUCUUGUCCACAAUGAUAAAAUAUUAUCCGAGUCACAUGUGAUCCUCGAAUACAUUGACCAAACAUGGAGUCACAAUCCAAUCCUGCCGCAAGAUCCUUACGAAAAGGCCAUGGCUCGAUUCUUGGCUAAGUUCGUCGAUGAACAGAUCCUACCAGCAGGGUUCAUGUCCUUGGUAAAAGCAGACAAGGGGAUAGAAGUUGCUAUCGAAGAGACUCGAGAACUGCUUACGUUUCUUGAGAAGGAAGUCACUGGAAAAGAUUUCUUUGGGGGCAAGACGAUCGGAUUCUUGGACAUGGUCGCAGGAAGUAUGAUCCCGUUCUGUCUAGAUCGGGCUUGGGAAUGUAUGGAAAUUGAUAUGAUUCCAGAGGAGAGUUUUCCAGAAUUAAACAGAUGGAUCAAGAAUUUGAAUGAGGUUGAGAUCGUGAGGGAAUGUAUACCUCCAAAAGAGAAACAUAUUGAGCGCAUGAACAAAAUUGUAGAGAGAAUUAAGUCUACCUAUUAA